AUGGACCAUGCUACUUGGCAGCCCUUGCUUGUCUCUUUCUUGUCCUCCCUCCCGGCAGGAUCAAGUUUACUAGAGAGUACGAAAACGGUUUCAGGCGAUCCCUUGGGGAAAAUUUUGCAUAAUCAACAAUAUUCUUCCAUGCAAUCUUUCCUAAAGGACUGGCAUGCCAUUUGCUAUCAAGGAAUUCAUGACCACGAUCCUAGCGAAUCUAUAUAUUGGGAUAUCGAUCGUACCUAUUUUCUCCUCAAACAGUCUCUUUCAACAGAGGCAAGCCGAAACGGCGAAUUUGAUACUGAAGAUGCUUCUAUACCAGAGGCCAGCAGCAGCCCUUCCUUAUUUUUCGAAAAUUCCCUUUAUCCUCAAUUUAAAUCUCAUGCCUUGAUGAUGCUGGGUCCAACGGGACCUAUGUUCACUUCGCCUGCUCAUCUUUCACGCUUAGAUUCACGUCUUCCGGAUGGCGGUAUUGUUGCAAAGCCAGUCGCCGUUAUGGCUUCUCCUGCAUAUGGGUCUGCAAGCGAUGUCUCCCUCAGCAAGUUUCCCGCUCCUCCCGCUUCUCCCAAAACCUCCAAUGCCGUAGGCAACGUUCACCCUUCUUCUUUACAAUACCCAACCCAAAAACUCCUUUCUCUUGACUCCUUUUCUUCGUUUUCUCCCAUCCGAAACACUUCCUCAACCGUCAUUUCCGACAAUACUUAUAAAACCGUCUCCACAUAUUACCAGUCUGAUAGAUAUCAUAAAUUAUUAGACUCUGAAUCUGUUGAUGUGGAUUUCAUCCAAGAGAACCUCGGCGUUGUAGAAGAGGAUGUUUUUUCUGACGCUCCACUUCGCCAUGACCUGUUACAUGUUUAUACUCUACUUCAACGCCUUCAAAAUCUACAAAAUGUUAGAUUGGAUUCCCCUUCGCCCCCUGAUACACCGUCUUUAGAAGAACGCUCGAUUGCUUCUGAAGUGGGUGCUUUGCUGUCAAAACUAAUUUUAACCUACAAUCUGUCCCCUUCCGAUUUACCUAUUCCCGAUACUCAAUUACCUUUCACAAAGUUUGGUCCACAAAUCCAAGGCUCGUUACCCCCAACUGCACAACCAUUUGAAACGACUGCUCAGGUUCAAUCUAGAGCAGGCCAAAUGUCUGCUCGAGGAAAUUCUGCCUUAAUGAAUGGUACUUAUGGUCAGUAUUCUUCUGAUGCCCCUAUCCAAUCCUACAAGCGCAGUAAAUCACGGCGGUAA